AUGGCUGCCGAUCCCAAGGCUUCGUCCACCUACUCGACCGACCCCGCCCUCUACAUCUACACCUCCCUUACCGCCGGCUCCUCCCACAUUGUCACAGCCACGUCGCGGCUAGAGACGAUCCUGCGCGCCAACCGGGUGCCCUUCAAGGCUUUAGACAUCGCCGUCGAUGAGAAGGCACGCAUGCUAUGGGGACGACGAGCCGGCAAGGACGCGUCCGGCCGGCUGCGCAAGCUCCCCGGCCUAGUGCAGAUGGGUAUGGUACUCGGCGACCUAGUCGAGAUCGAAGAGUGGAAUGAGUAUGGCGAGUUGAAGCAGAACGUCACCAUCUAUUACGACGACUUCACCAUCCCUCCCAAGAGCCAAGCACCACCGCCCACGCCACUCAAGACCGUGGUAGCGGCGAAACCCGCGGCGGCGCCGGCACCACCGGCACCACCGGCAGCUUCGACCGCGUCGGUAGCACCCCCGCCGGCCCCCCCGCUUCCCGAACAGAAGCCAAAAGCAGCCUCUACCGCUACUACUACCGCUGCUAAAGCUGCCGCCUCUGCUACUGCCGUUAAGCCCGCGCUCAGCAUCGCCGAGGAGGCCGCCAAGAAGGCUAAGGAGGUGCAUCUUAAGAACCUGCGGGAGAAGGUCUACGGGAAGAAGGGUGCACCCGAUGCAAAGGAUGGCUCUGCCCCUGCUCCUGCUCCUGCCUCUUCUUCUACAGACAAGAAGAUAGAUACCCCUAGCUCCACGGACAAUGAUAAAGAUAAGGAAAAAGAAAAGGAGAAAGAGAAGGAGAGGGAGAAGGAGAAGCAGAAGGAAAAGGAGAAGAAGAAAGAUAGCCCUGACUCUUCUGAGAAGAAAAAGAAGGACAUCUCCGGUUCUACAGAGAGGAAGAAGGUAAUUUCUACCUCUGACAAAAAGAAAGAAAUUCUUACUUCCUCCAAGAAGGAAAAGGAGAAGGAGAGGGAGAAGAAAGAGGUCUCCGCUCCCUCGGAGAAGAAGAAAAGAGAAAUUUCCAGCUCUGCGGACAAGAAGAAGGCGAAGGAGAGCUCCGAACCUGCGAGGAGGUUUACGAGGCCAACGCUCGCCUCCAGCUCGUCGGACAAGACGAAGAAGAAACCUAUCUCCACCUCCACCUCCAUCUCCGCCUCCUCGGCGGCCGACCGGCUCAAGGGCCUGUCGAUAUCCAGGGGCGACGACAAGAAGAAGGACAAGAAGAGCGCGGAGAAGGAGAAGGAAAGGAGCAAGGCCAGGACGGUCGGGACGAGCGUGCGGUCGCCACCGGGCGGGACGUUGAAGAGGACGGGCACCGGGGCGGUGGCGGCGGCAGCGGCAGCGGCAGCGGCAGUAGUGGCGGCGUCGGUGGUGUCGGUGGGCAGUAGUAAGGCGUCGGGCCCGGAGGAAGACAGUAACAGGGAGAAGAAGGAAGAGGAGGGGGAGAGCGAGAACAGCGAGGAGAGUGAGGAGAGUGAGGAUAGCGAGGACAGCGAGGACAGCGAGAAGAGCGAGAAGAAGAAGGAGGCGGAGGCUAAGGACAAGGAUAAAGCCAAGGCCAAGGACAAGGAAGACGAGGAUGAGGAUGAGGACGAGGAUGAGGACGAGGAAGAAAGUGAGGAGGAGAGUGAGGAGGAGGAGGAGAGCGAUGAAGAAGAGAAGGCGAAGAAGGACGAGAAGAAGAAAUGA